AUGGCUGAUGGCCAUGUGGAGGCUCGCUAUACGGCUCUGGUUCCUUCGCCAGCCCAAACCACCCCAACCACUAUCCUGAUGGUUCCUAUUGUAUCUGGUACCCUCAGCACGUCAUACAAUGAAAGAAUCUUCCUGUCAUUCACAACCUUACAAAUGGAGAACUGCUGCCACUGUGACUAUGUCGCGGUCUACGACGGACCGUCUACUUCUUCACAAUAUCUGGGGAAAGUUUGCAAUGGCAGUGUUAGGUCUUUCCAGUCCUCCUCCAAGUACCUGACCGUGGUGUUUCGGUCUGACGGUUCUGUUGUUGGCCAAGGGUUCAGAGCUCUCUUCACAAGCACACUGUCACCAAACCUGGGCCGAGUGGACUGUUCUUCAAGCUACAUGAACAUCGUGAUUCAAGGUCCUACUUAA